AUGUACAAGUUCAUACAGGACCGAAGAUAUCUGUUUAUCUAUCCUUGCGCGUUUUUGCUCGGUCUUGUGGUCAAUUUGGUGGUAAAUUCGUCUCAAUUGGACCAUCAGAAGGAUACUUUUUACCUUCUUUCGUCUGGCAACUGGAUCAACCAGAUAUUCGCGUAUCGCGGGAAUCUGAUCUGGUCUUUCUUGUUUAUAGCUUUAGCGUGUUUUCAAGUGCAACUGCGGGUGUCGAGAGCGUAUUCUUUGCCUCUGGACGCUCGCAAUGUUAACCAACGGAACAAUAAGACACUCUUGCAAGCGGUGAAACCCUAUUUUGCCAAGAUUGUCGUGAAGAAUUUGGCUUUGUUGGGAGUGUUUCUCGUGAUAGAUGGCAUAUUUGUUUGGACUGGAGGUUCUUGCACGACUAGCACCACCAAAUCUGCGGAAACAUGCCGCAAACAGGGCGGAGAAUGGGUGAACGGAUUCGAUGUGAGCGGACAUUUCUGCUUUCUCACCACCGUGAGCUUGAUCUUGUGGGAGGAGCUGCGUAGUGCUCGUCAAUAUAUGACUGCAAACGAGAUAGACGUCAGCAGUUCCAAAAUAUGGCUUGUACUGCAAUCUGUAGUCGUGGGGGUCCUGAUAGUGUGGGGAUUCGUCCUGUGUGUGACUGCAAUCUACUACCACACCGUUUUGGAGAAGGUGCUAGGUCUUGCCAUGGGAUAUAUUGGUCCUGGAAUAAUGUACUGGGCCAUUCCCAAUAGCCCGAAGCUGAGGACGUUACUCUACUAG